AACAAGAGGAAGAAGAAAGGGCAGGAACUGGAACAUGUAGAGUACAACGCCAGUGAGGAAGCCUCACAUGUCAACUUCCGAUCUGCUGACGUGGUCCGAAGUUCCUCCGUCGGAAUCCGCCGCACCCGUCUCCGCUACUUGUUCUCAUCUCACCAACUGUCCGAUGGUAUCAGUAAAGUGUUGUUCGGAGGUCAAAUCACCGACGAAGAAGCUCAGUCACUGAACAAGAAGAAGCCUUGUUCAGGGUAUAAAUUGAAGGAAAUAAAUGGCAGUGGCAUAUUUGCAGCCAAUGGCGAAAAUGGUGGAUCAGAAUCUGAUUCUGCUAAUCAUAAUAAAACAGGGGUGCACAUUUAUCAGCAAGCAUUGAAUGGAAUCAGCCAGAUCUCAUUCAGUGUUGAAGAGACUGUUACCCCAAAGAAGCCUACCUCUAUGCCUGAGGUAGCAAAGCAGCGUGAGUUAAGUGGGACAUUGCAAUCCGAGGCAGACUUGAAGAAUAAAAAACAGAUAUCAGAGGCAAAGUUCAAAGAGAUUAGUGGUCAUGAUACAUUCAGCCCUGCUCCUGAGAUUCAGCCCAGAUCAUUGGCUGCUGCACGCUCCUUGGAAUCCAAAGAAAAUAAAGGCAUGGGGGAACCUGCGCCUAGGAAUGUGCACACUUCUGUUAAAGUUUCCAAUCCUGCUGGAGGUCAGAGUAAUAUCCUGUUCAGUGAAGAACCUGUAAUCCAGACCACCAAGAAAAUACACAACCAGAAGUUCCAAGAGUUGACAGGCACUGAUAUCUUCAAGCGAGAUGUACCACCAGGAUCUGCUGAAAAGCCUCUAAGCACAGCUAAGCUGAGAGAGAUGAGCGGCAGUAACAUAUUCGCUGAUGGAAAGGUAGAGUCCAGAGACUAUUUUGGUGGUGUCUGCAAGCCCCCUGGUGGCGAAAGCAGCAUUUCCUUGGUUUGAUUUACAACCAACUUUGUUGUUGUGUCACUUAACUAUCAGUAAAUGUAGGCUUCUAUGUAUCCCAGUGUAGUCACUAUGUUUUGACCCGUGAAUGGCCAAUGCCUGAUGAAGAUCAUGGGCAUAAGAAAUCUAUCUGAGUAGCUAUAUUGUGGCGUGUGCAAUACCCAUUGAAUGGCCUGCAAUGCUUAAUGAUCAUCAUCAGCAUAGGGUAUCCAUUUGAGUACGUGUAUCUGGUUUAUGCACUACUUUUUAGUUCUUAACUUUUAGAUCAGAGCCAGUGGGGAGUUGUCUAAUUUAGUUAUUUAAACUUUGCUCUCUUUCUGGGCAGUUUUAUUAUGUUUGUUCAUUUUACUCCCAUUUUCUCAAAUAAUAAAAAGACUCCCACCAUUAUCAUCUGCUU